AAAUCUGGCAACAUACUUUUGAAUUAGAAACCAGGCGGCAAACCUAAAUUUAAUAUUAUUUUAUAUAUUGCUUCCCCUCACCUUAAAUAGAGGGUUUUUUUUUUUAAAGUGAUCUAGAACGACAUGGAUAAAACUUGUUUUGUCGAUGAUAUUUUUUCGCCCAUCCGAUUUGAUUCUACAGUUGACAGCUCUGCAAGUGAUUUGACUUCGUUUACUUUUCAAAAAGACACUGAACCUGAAGCCACAAAUGUUGAUAAAAAGAAGAGAACAUCUGAUAAGAAAAACUGUGAUGUGCCAAGGGAGCAAAGGAACAAGGACAAAAAAGAUUUUAAGUAUUUGGAUGAUGUGCUUUCUCCAAUACAUUUUGAUCCAUCUGUAACUGAUGACAGCAGACUUUCAAUAGAUCAGUAUAAUACUGCACCACAAGUACCAUCUAAAGGCAAUGCAAGGAAAACUGUGGAUUUAAUUCAAUGCCCUCUUGUUGAAAAGAAAAAAGGUUCUAGCUCAAGCCAAAAAUUAAAGGAAAAUGUUGAAAAUUCUAAAGUAUCUAAAAAUGUUGAAGGGAAAAAGAAAAAUUCCAGGAAAAGAAAUUCUUCACUGGAAUCCCAAAAUUCAGAUAAAGUUAAGAAUAGCUUUCAGAAUGAAGCAGAGGAAAACUUGAAUUUACACAUUGCAGAAAACAAGUCUGGGAAUGGAAAAAAAGAUAAAUAUUUACAUAGUGUCUCAGAAAAGCAAGAAAUUGUAGGAGGAUUACCAACAGAGGAUUGUCUUUCUAGGAACAAUUUGAAAAAAUAUCCUUCAAAUUAUAUAACAAUAAGAAAUAAACAAGAUACUCAAUCUAAUUCAGGUGUAGUAAAACAAGAAAAAGAUACAAAAAGUCAAAUUAAAAGUUCCAGUAAGAUUGUUUCUACUAUUUCAUUGCAUAAAGAACAUUAUUUAAAUACUGACAUUGUGGUACCCCAAAGUUGUAAUGAAGAAAUUUCAAAGGAUUCUCGAAACAAUAAGAAAAGCCUCAGAAAUAAGAAGAUUACAAUAGAUUCUGCUUCACAAACUGAGGAGAGCCGUGAAGAAAUUUCUGAAACUUCAAAAGAAGAAUUAGUUGCAAAAAUAGAUAAACUUAUGAAAGAAAUAAAAGUAAUUGAUCUGAAUUCAUUGUCUAGACAUAAAGAUGAGGCACCUUCACUUGAAAAAAUUAUACAUCGUAGUGUGAGUAUGGAAUUUGAUAGCCUUCGUCAGAUGUUCUAUCUUCAGCACAUGUCUUUAUUCAAGCACUUGAAUAAGACAAUGGAAGAACUUAAGGAGCAAAAUUCUGCAACAAAUGCAUGCCUUGCAAUUAUUGAACAACUGUAUGUAGAAAAUCAGCAGUUAAAAAAAGCUCUAUCAACAAGACUGUGAUUUUUCCUUUUUCAUUUUAAUGUUUUGUAGGUUAAAUCUUGUGUAUUUUUCUAGUGAUUUUUGUUAUUUUGAUUUUAAACAUUGUAAAAUUUUGGUGCACUUUGUUAUUUUCAACUUUAAAAUUUUGGUGUAUACAAUUUUUUUUUAAUUAGGGUAUUUCUUUUGUUGAAGUACAUUAGCUUGAAGUAUUUUUAAAUUUUAUGAAACUGUAUAUAAAAAUGGAGUGUGUGAUCUAAAGGCACUAUGCAUGCAAUUAUUACUCUACAGUGAGAUUUCUUUCAUAAUCACAACAAAACAUAUGUGUAAAUUUUUGUAUAAUUUUAAGUGUAAUCAAAUCAGUAAUGAUCUGUAAUGUUUAACAACUGUUUUAAUUCUGAAUAUAUUGUUAAAUAUAUUUUAAUUAAAUAAAUUAUUGAGAUAGAAUUAGCUUUAAUUACUUUAUUUAUUAAAAAUACAAUAUUGAUUAAUGUUUGAAAUUUUCAUGCUGUGAAAACUAUAGAAGUUAAAUACAGCAGGGUUGUAUUUCUGCUGGCAAAAAUUUGAUGUAAUUGGUAUGGAAGUUUGGGGUUUUGUUUAGGGAUUGUACACAAUUCAAAGAGCCUGUUUAUAUGAAAAUAAAAAUAAAAUAAAAUUUAAAAAGUUUUGUGUUGUUAAGAUAGUGAAUGACAAGCAUUGCUAUGCAGCUUACAUGAAAGAUAUUGAUCAAUAUAAUUUUUGAGGAGAGAAUUUGAAUAAAGAUCUUAUUUACAAA